AUGGGAAGACACCGCGUGGCACUGGUGUCGGAUUUUUUUUUCCCGGGGUUUGGCGGGGUGGAAGUGCACAUCUACAAUGUUGCCCAGUGCCUGAUGCGAAGAGGACACAAGGUGGUUGUGAUAACCAGGGCAUACGGCGACAGGUGCGGUGUACGCUAUUUUACCAAUGGUAUGAAGGUGUAUUACUUGCCUUUGUUGGCGGUGAAGCUCCCUCCCGGAUCAGUGACUCUCCCGACGUGGUUUUUGAGCUUUCCGCUGCUGAGGUCAGUAUUUAUUCGCGAACGGAUUACUGUCGUUCACGGUCAUCAAACGACAUCAAAUUUGUGUCACGAGGCCCUUUUUCAUGCUGGCACGUUGGGCUUGAAGACGUGUUUUACGGAUCAUUCACUUUUUGGUUUCGCUGAUGCUGCUUCAAUUCAUAUUAACAAAGUAUUGGAAUGGAGCCUGCGCAACGUCGAUCAGGUAAUAUGUGUGAGCAAUACUUCGAAGGAGAACACCGUUCUUAGAGCGAGAAUAGAACCGGAGCGGGUCAGCGUGAUCCCUAAUGCGACAGAUACCUCGGUCUUUGCUCCUCCAGAGGAUAUGAAAUACAAGUCAUGGGCCUCAAAGGUCGACAAGGAGGGAUUAACGAUUGUGGUCAUCGCUCGUCUUGUGUACCGUAAAGGCUCGGAUCUUUUUGUUGAUGUUAUUCCUGAGAUAUGCAAAAGGCAUCCCGAAAUCAAGUGGAUUAUCGGCGGCGAUGGCCCUCGUAAAUCACAGAUUCAGCAGAUGAUAGAGCGUCACAACUUGAUGGACCGCGUGAAAAUGCUGGGAUCGCUUGCGCACUCUGAGGUGCGGAGCGUGCUAAACCAAGGACAGAUUUUUUUGAAUUGCAGCUUGACAGAGGCUUUCUGCAUCGCGUUAAUUGAGGCAGCGUCAUGCGGAAUGCUGGGUGUAUCAACACGUGUGGGGGGCGUCCCUGAGGUACUGCCGCCAAACAUGCUGCUGCUAGCGGAACCUGACCCAGCUUCAAUCACGGCAGCGCUAGAAGAAGCUAUUGUUCGCGUUCCCUAUUUGUCUCCAUGGGAAAUUCACGAGAGUGUUAGACGGUUUUACAGUUGGGAUUGGGUAGCAGAACGCACGGAGCGAGUAUACGAUAGGAUUUUUAACACAACAACACCAUCAAUGUAUGAACGUUUGAUGAACUACGCGUCGGUGGGCUUGCUGUAUGGAGUUAUAUGUUGGCUUCUUUGUGUUACCGAUUGGAUUCUGCGUAGAUUUUUGGACUACUGGUUUCCGGAGGAUAUGAUCGACGUAGCUCCUGACUUCCCACUUGAGUUGUAUUCCAGAAAUCGCGAGAAACUUAAUGCUCUUGAGAAGGGUGUUUGA